AUGAGACCGUUUUCAUGCACUAAUUUCGUAAAUAAAAAAUGCUCGGACGCUCGUCCGUGCGCUUUCGGAAAAGAGGCGGAGAGAUCACUUGAAGAAUCUCGAGAACAACACGUAUCGCGAGGUCUCCCACAUAUGGUAUCUCUGGCCGACGAACGGCGUACCGUCGGACGCGACUGGUCUGAUCGCCAUCCUCCUCGAGGCCAGGGCUCUGCAGAGGGGCGCACCCGGGCCGAUAGUCGUCCACUGCAGUCCGGGUACCGGGCGAACCGGCACCCUGAUUGCCCUCGACCUCGGCAUCAGGCAGUACGAGAUCACGAGGACCGUCGACGUUCCGAGGGUCGUUUACACCAUCAGAAGGGACAGGGCCGGGGCCGUUCAGACGAAGGAGCAGUACGCCUUCGUCUACAAGGGCUUGAAUUUGUACGCGGCGAAGCUCGCCGGCGGGGCGCUCGAAUCGAUGUGAAGACGGAUUCGCCUCUCCGAUCGCGAGCUGGCCCCGAAUCGCCGCGAAACGUCGCUGUGACGAAAUAUCUUGAAUCGCUUCUCGAGGGCAGGGAGAAUAGAAGAAACGCUCGUCGCGGAAGCGUGGCGAAGAAAAUGGCUGAGCGACGCAACUUUAAUGAACUAGGCGUGAAUUUCACGAAUGACGGAACUCGUUAUCGAUAGUUCUUCGAGUGUCGCCGACUCACGUCCAGCUGCGAUGUAUGAAAUACAUCGGGGUGACAUUUCCUUUGCUGAUGCAACUGGAGAACGAGAGAAAAAAUACUGUCAAUUUUCGCAUCAAUUAUUUAACUUGAGGACCAGAUAAUUAGGAAAAUUACCAUUUAUUGAUGGUUAUAUACGUAACAGUUAUAGCAUGACCAAAUAAUUGUUGUUGUUGUUGUUGUUGUUGAUGUAUAUAUUCUAACUCGUAGUAGGUAUGCAGCUCUCUAUAUGUGUACAUAACGGAAUAUUUUUUCUUCGUAUUUGACAUUGAUCAUUUUUUUAAUUUUGUUCAGCUAAAUUUCCUGUUUAGUUACAGUUUUUCAAGAUUUGUCUUCUUUUGUGUUUUUUCCAUUCACGU